AUGUCGACGUCCAGCAAUGCUGCACCCAGCACAUCUUCUACAGCUCAUGCUAGCACUGAUGACAAAAUGGCACAAUUCUGGGAAAAGGUUCAUAGUGCAGUAAACAAAUUAAAUCAGAAGGGACCGGUCCAGCGAGUAGAAGCUCGGAGUGACGUAGACGUCCUUGCCGAGGUGAAACGUGUACACGAGAAAGUCAAAGGCCUUGUUGAUCGUCUGAAUGAGGUAUUAGAGAAGCUGACAGCUAAGCCAGAAAAUCCGAAGGCUGAAUCAGAGCAUUCAGAAGACAAGACACAAGCCACUGUUCACCCUACAGUUGUCUCAAACUUUAUUAAUGCCAUGACAAGCCAACUAGAACUUAUAGAGAAAGCAGAAAACGUGAUUGAUACAAAAAUACAAAACCUUAUCACACUCUCUGAGGAUGAAUCAUCAGAAAUUUUGACACUCCUUAAGUCAAUAAGUACAAUUGUAGAUGAAGCACUUACUUUAAAGUACCUAAAGUAA